GCAAGUUGGCAUUUCCUUAAUGUCAAAAAACCAAAACAAUUGGUAAUUUAUAUAAGGCAUUUGAACAUAUUUAUUUAAACCGAAAUGCCUCGUAAUUUGAAUGCGGAGAGGGACAAUCCCUGCCUGAAGGAACAAGAACUGUCGUUUAAAUGUCUCAACAAAAACAACUUUGAUCGCGACAAGUGCGAAGUUUAUUUCGCGAAUUACAACAACUGCAAGGAGUUUUGGAACAAAGUAAAAAGCGACAGGAGAGCCAAGGGAAUCGCCCCAUACUUGCCACCUUUGGACGAACGCGAUGCAAUCAAAGCAGAAUAUAUGAAGGGGAAACCCAAACAAAGUUGAUAGAAUUCUACAUAACUAAUUUUUCGUAUACAAGUUAAUUGUACAUAAAUGCCGGGAAGAUUUUUAUAAUGAAGGAA